AUGCCCAACUUACACCUUGGCGUGGAUGCUCUGGUCUUUGUGUUGUUGGUGUUGACUGUCGGGUCAUCGGUAAGCUCCAUUACAUCGGCGACCAACUUCAAAACCUCGGUAGUAACCAACAACACUGAACGUAAAACAACUCCAGCAACAACGACCCCAUCAUCGUCUGCAGCAUCACGGUGUGUCUUCACUGUAGAUGAUAAUAGUGUGGAUGACUUCGCUUACCUUGGAAGGUCAAAGAAACCAAGAGUCGUGUAUAUGACGUUGUCGUUGAUGAACACGUCGAUUGCGUCGAAGACAAAGGCUGCAUUCCGACCGUUGCAGUGGAUAUGGACAUUCCGUACGCCGUUGGGUGCUGCGCCUUUUCUAUCAUGGCCACGGGAUUACAGAGUUCUCUCUUUUGGUGUCCUUGACAGCUUCACGAACAACCUCGACGUGACCUUGCACGCGCGUCCUCAGAACUGCGACGUCCAUCUUGGUACCAAGGCGACAACUCAAGCCAUCAGUGAUGCAAUUGGUGAUGCCAUAAAGACUAAAGUCAGCGUCGUGAACGCCGAUUACAACCGCAGCAUUUGGUGCUAUCAGGAAAUCAAACAUACAAUUGAUCUGUCUGACUUCAUUGCCAACUCAUUAGGUAUCCAGACGAGAAUGUUGGUGAACAGUUGCUGUCGGUUAAAGUUCGACACCGAAACCCGCUUGCGUACAGCCAUUUGCAGCGAAUCACCCCUGGAACCGACGUUCACAACGACCACACUACCUUACGUGUUUGGUGUCAUUGGUAUUCUUUAUUUCCCGAUCUUGUUGUGUGCAUGGUCCUUCAACAUGUCUCCCAAAUCCAUUCCAUCGAGCCACGCCGAUAUGGAACGGACCAGCACUCUGGAAAUGGAUAUUUCCCAUGACGUCAUCUGGCUGUAUCGAGGCACGCGCAGCCCCGUGACAUUCUCGUCAAUAUUUACCAGGACGUUUCCCUGUCUGAAACGUCACCCCCACAUGACGUCACGCAUACAACGUCUGUUGUUUAUGUUGCUAUCUCCCGCCAUCACGUACAUCCGUUUGUAUUUUUACUACUCGAGCGAAUUUCAGUAUUUACAGGACUGUAUCAAGGUUAACGUUCCGAUAGGCUACCUUUCUGUAUUCUUUGGUCAUGAGUUAAGUCGGCGUAAUGUGUUCACGGCUCUUGGGGGACCUUACGUCCUCCAUGGCGUGUAUUUCACCAUAGGAACUCUGCUCCUAUGUCUACCGAGAAACCUGUCCCAAUCCAUGUGUAGCGUUCUCCAUCAAUGUCACGCAAAGAUCUGGUCACCCUUGUCUUUAGGCUUGGUGAAUACAUCUCGUCUGGGAGGACUCAACUGCUCUAGCGAGGAUAACAGCUACAAACUGGUGUCAAGGGUUCUUCGAGCCAACUUGUUUCUUCUAAUCAACAUUGAUUUCUGGAGCUUUGUGGUGAAGGUCCAGUAUGCACGUCUUCAAAGUAUAUCAACCAAAUUGAAAUCUCUACCAGCUGUAUUUAAAUAUGUCUUAAUGAUAGCAAUUUGUACAGUAUAUCUUGUCGUCUGCUUGGUUGAGAUUCUGCUCUGCGUCGUAUAUUACGGCCUUCCUAUUGUGUAUUUUUUCACGCUUGUCUUGAGAGUGUACUUCAAGUUGGUUUUGGACACAUUCAACAAUAUUGGUUGGUUGAACAAUUCUAAGAAUCCUGUCGCUAGGAGUCUGCGUCUACUGAUGUUUCCUGUUUCCAUGUCGAUGGUUCUGGUUCUUGUAUACUGCCUGUAUACAUUCUGUGCGAUCUGUAUUUCCAGCUUCACAUUCGUGUUUGGAGUGAUGACCUUCACCUACAUCGGUAUAGUUGCAUACCCCAACAUUGCUUUCGGCUAUUAUACCUUCGUUAUCACGUGUUUAUAUUAUACAUGGAAGACUGUCAGGGACAUCGAUAUUGGUUAUAUGAACCUCUUUACAGAAACUAUCAACGUGAGUAAAAACCUACAAAAAGAACCACCAAGUUUCAAAACUCCAGGCAGAUCGACAACCAGGAAGACGGUUGCGUCUGUUGAAGAAACAUCCAUGGCAGAGGAGCAUGGGGUUGUAAUACGUGACAGUCCUAUGCACGUGUUGUUCGUGAAGACUUGUGACAGUCGUCCUGGAAUACCCAAAGAUCUGUUUGAGACUGUCAUAGAAAAACAUCGUCCUUUCCGCGUGUGUGUGUUCCUGUCAGUGCUGAAGCUAGCAGUCAUUUGUCUUCUCAUAACAACCACGAUCGAUCUGAUUCAGGACUUCAGUAAGUAUCACGAGAUGUCCGUCAUCGUCAGCUUGUUGUCAUCACUUAUCGUCUGCUCCAUCCCGCGCGUGCUGAGCCUCGUUCUGAGCAAAACCGACAGCGCAGCAUCAGAAGAGGAUUUCGUGAGGCGGCUUUCCAGGACGGUUAGGGAAUAUUGGAGUCUGAAGGACAGGCGGGAGCUUGUGAGCGUCUGUUCCUCGGCAAAGCGGAAAGAGAAUCAUCGUAUCUAAUCGUCUGCUCCAUCCCGCGCGUGCUGAGCCUCAAUCGGAGCAAAACGGACAGGCGGCAUCAGAACAGGAUUUCGUGAGGCGGCUUUCCAGGACGGUCAGGGAGUCUGAAGGACUGGCGGGAGCUCGUGAGCGUGUGUUCCUCGGCAAACCAGAAAGUGUAACAUCGUAUCAUACAACAUAAAAAUCGACAAUGACAUGUACGUUUCUUCAUCGCCCUCGGGUACUGGUGAAGGGGAUAUAUGUUAUUUAACCAUUGACCAAGACAUGUAUAACUUGAGUGCCUGUACACAUGAACGCCCCGAGGUUGAACAAGAACCCCAUUACUGUAUGUGUGCAUUCCACCAAUUGUCUAUAUAGUUAUUGUGUGUUUGCUUAUUGUAUAACCAGCUUAAGAAGCCGGGACUCUUCGUCAUAAUUCUGAGCUGCAGUGCCAACCUUCAUCGUGAGAGAAAUAAUCUCCCAGUAAACACAGAGAGGAUUAAAUGUAUAAACUGCACUUCUCGACAAUAAAAAAGCAUUUGGCCGCACUUGGCAUAAUGGUCUACU